GUGACUUCUUAGCUGUGGUGGUUGUAAAUUCUCGAGAAUCUGAGCUCGAAAAAGAAAAGUUCCGAGAAAAAGUCGAUGAUUCUAGAAUUUGUAGUGGAGAUAUAGCUGAAGAUGGCUAUUUGAAUAAGUGGGUACUCGAGUUUUUAAGAAAUGGUUAGAAGUUAAAACAUCGAAAAAAAGUGUCUUUAUGUUAAAAGAAUUUGUUGGUACCACAGAGCUAAGUGAUUGGUUUUUCUUUAUAAGAGUUUGAGAAUCGAAUUUUUGUCAGCAAUGAAGGCUCCUCCAAAUGGGUUUUUGGCAACUUCUGGAGAAGGAGAGAGGAAGAACAUCAAUUCGGAGUUAUGGCACGCUUGUGCCGGUCCACUGGUUUCUUUGCCUCCGGUUGGAAGCCUUGUGGUUUACUUCCCUCAAGGCCACAGUGAACAAGUUGCAGCUUCAAUGCAGAAGGAGGCUGAUUUCAUACCUAACUACCCCAACCUCCCUUCAAAGUUGAUUUGCAUGCUUCACAAUGUCACAUUGCAUGCUGACACAGAGACAGAUGAGGUUUAUGCACAAAUGACACUCCAGCCAGUAAAUAAACAUGACAGGGAUGCAUUACUCGCGUCUGACAUGGGACUCAAGCAAAACAGGCAACCUUCCGAGUUCUUCUGCAAAACUCUCACAGCAAGUGACACGAGUACCCAUGGUGGAUUUUCCGUACCUCGACGUGCGGCUGAGAAGAUCUUUCCACCUCUGGAUUUCACAAUGCAACCACCUGCUCAGGAACUAGUUGCUCGAGAUUUGCAUGAUAAUUCAUGGACAUUCAGGCAUAUCUAUCGUGGCCAACCAAAGAGGCAUCUGCUGACUACGGGUUGGAGUGUCUUUGUUAGCACCAAAAGACUUUUUGCUGGAGAUUCUGUUCUUUUUAUAAGGGAUGAAAAAUCCCAGCUUCUCUUGGGUAUAAGGCGUGCUACUAGACAACAGCCAGCCCUGUCUUCAUCAGUCAUUUCCAGUGAUAGCAUGCAUAUUGGAAUUCUUGCCGCCGCAGCUCAUGCAGCUGCAAAUAACAGCCCAUUUACUAUAUUUUACAACCCAAGGGCAAGCCCUUCUGAGUUUGUUAUACCCUUAGCAAAGUACAAUAAAGCAAUGUAUACCCAAGUUUCGCUUGGCAUGCGAUUCCGGAUGAUGUUUGAGACUGAGGAGUCUGGAGUACGUAGAUACAUGGGUACUAUCACUGGUAUAAGUGAUUUGGAUCCUCUUCGAUGGAAAAAUUCGCAAUGGAGAAAUCUUCAGGUUGGAUGGGAUGAAUCAACAGCCGGUGAACGUCCUAGCAGAGUUUCGAUUUGGGAAAUUGAACCUGUUGUAACUCCUUUCUACAUAUGUCCACCUCCAUUUUUCAGACCCAAGUUUCUCAAACAACCAGGGAUGCCAGAUGAUGAAUCUGAAAUAGAGAAUGCUUUCAAGAGAGCCAUGCCUUGGCUUGGAGACGACUUUGGCAUGAAGGAUCCUGCAAGCUCAAUUUUUCCUGGUUUGAGUUUGGUGCAAUGGAUGAACAUGCAACAAAAUAAUCAGUUUUCAGCUUCGCAGUCCGGGUUUUUCCCAUCGAUGGUUUCUCCAACUGCCCUGCACAAUAACCUCGGUGCUGAUGAUCCAUCCAAGUUACUGAAUUUCCAAUCCCCUGUGAUGUCUGUGCCUAGUGCUCAUUUGAACAAGGCAACUCCUUCAAACCAAGUCAAUCAAGUGCAACAGCCAAAUGUGGCAUGGCCCCAACAACAACAGUUGCAUCAAUUGUUGCAGAAUCCCACGAACCAACAACAGCAGAGUUGCUCCCAACAGCAGCAGCUGCAGCAAUUAUUACAGACAACUCCUCCGAACCAACAGCUGCAGAAUCACCAGCAACAGCAGCAGCAGCUGCCACAACAGUUACAGCGGCCUCAGCAGCAACCGCACCAGGAGCCGCCACAGCUGCAACAGAAUCAGCAACUUCAGCAGCAACAACCACAACCACCACAACACCAGCAACAACAGCAACAACAGCAACAACAGCAGCAAAUAUGUCAACCUCCUUUAGUAAAUAAUGGUAUGGUUGUGCCAAAUCAGAUCCCAAGUCAAAAUUUGCAGCAACCAGUCAUGUUUUCACAGCAGCAAUUACUUGCAGGGAAUACCCAAUCCCAGCAAAGUAUACACUCUAGCAAGAAUUCAAUUCAGUUGACCUCAUUGCCGAUGGACUCACAGUUUCAGCAACAAAUGGAGAUGCAGCCGAGUCUCUUACAGAAGCAGCAGCAGCAGCAGGCAGUGCACUUGCAGCAAAACCCGCUGCAGUUUUUGCAGCAGAACCUGUCUCAGGGUGCACAGCCUCAGCCACAAUCACAACAAUCGUCACACCAGGGACUUUCAGAACAACAUCUUCGGUUGCAGCUGUUACAAAAAUUUCAGCAGCAGCAGCAGCAACAACAACAGCAAUUGUUCUCUCCACCAAGUUCACUUUUGCAGUCUCAACUGCUGCAGCAACAAGAAGGAAACCAUCAGCAAUUACAAUCUUCGCCACUCUCGCAACAUCAACAGCCACUGAACAGCAAUAGCUUCUCAACAGAGAAGCUUCUGAACUCCCACAACUUCUCAACUUCAGCAUUGACACAUUCACAACACGUACCCACCAGCCAACCGCAGAGCCAGCACAAGCCGCUCAUCACAAUCAGAGCCAGCUCUGGUCUUACAGAUGGAGACGCUCCAUCAUGUUCAACCUCCCCUUCCACUAACAACUGUCAGAUCUCCCCGUUAAACAUGUUGAACAGAAACCAGCAAGGGCCAGCCAUGUUUGUUGGGGAUGCAGUGAUGGAGCCUCCCAGUAAUUUGGUUCAAGAUCUUCAGGGCAAGUCCGAUAUUCGGAUCAAACAUGAGUUGCCCAGCUCAAAAGGACCAGACCACCUUAAAUACAAAGGAACUAUAACUGAUCAGUUGGAAGCAUCUUCUUCUGGGACAUCAUAUAUUGAUGCUAGCACAAUCCAGCAGAGCUUCCCUCUCCCCGCCUUCUGUUUGGAUGGCGAUGCCCAAUCAAAUCCUCGGAACAAUCUUUCUUUUGCAGCCAACAUUGAUGGUUUGGCACCAGACACCAUGUUGUCCAGAGGAUAUGACUCUCAGAAAGAUCUUCAAAACUUGCUAGCUAAUUGCGGCGGUGCUCCAAGAGAUAUCGAGACCGAGUUGUCCACUGCUGCAAUCAGCUCUCAGUCAUUCGGGGUGCCAAACAUACCUUUCAAACCCGGUUGCUCAAGUGAUGUCGCCCUCAACGAUGCUGGGGUUUUGGGAAAUGGACUGUGGGCUAACCAAACUCAAAGAAUUAGAACAUAUACAAAGGUUCAAAAGCGCGGUUCUGUGGGAAGAUGUAUUGAUGUUACCCGCUAUAAGGGGUAUGACGAGCUCAGGCAUGAUUUGGCACGCAUGUUUGGGAUUGAAGGGCAACUAGAAGAUCCACAGAGGACUGACUGGAAGCUCGUCUACGUAGACCAUGAAAACGACAUACUUCUUGUUGGCGACGAUCCGUGGCAGGAGUUUGUGAGCUGUGUUCAGAGCAUAAAGAUACUAUCAUCUGCUGAGGUACAGCAAAUGAGCUUGGAUGGAGAUCUGGGUCAAGUCCCAGUUCCAAACCAAGCUUGUAGUGGAACUGACAGUGGAAAUGCAUGGAGAGGACAGUAUGAUGAUAAUUCAGCUGCCUCAUUUAACCGUUAAGGAUUUAAUAUGAGCCAUUUGUCUUCUCACAGUUUGGCAUCUUGCGGUGAAAGACAUGGACAAAGAGCCCUUCAUACAAGGCACGUAUAUAGCAUCAGAGGACAUCGUCCUGAGUACGCAAUAUUCGUUCCACCGGCGAUGAUUCAAGUUCCAUUCGCUACGUCGGUAACAUAGCUGGGGCAAUUGCAUACCGGUUGAAAUGCAUGCAAACGUCUCCUGUUGCCAUGCUGCGCCAACCAAAAAAAAAAAUUGAAAAUUUGGAACUUUCGCAUAUGCACGGCGGGAAGUGGCAUUGCACAACCCGAGACUGAUUUGCACAACCCCUUUCUCUAUUUGUAAAUGCUGUGAUUGGAAACAAUCACGGGUCUAAUAUGCAGUAGAUGUAGGAACCACUAUUUUGUUAUAUAUGGCACAUUUUUUUGCCUUAUCUUGGAUGUUUCCAUGUUGGUUGAUAUCAAAUCCUUGUCCGAUUGGAGAAAAUUCCCGUUGUAACAAUACAAUUUUUAUGUGACAGAGAUGCAAUAACGACUUUAAUUUUUGUUGUUAAAA